AUGUCGCUCGCCCGGCUCAUCACUGGCUGCCCCAAUCUUCAAGUACUCGUCACAGACCUUUCGAUUAGGGGCGUCGAUUGUCAAAGGACAUCCCCCGUCAUUCUCGACUCCAUAAAGGUUCACACAUUCCUUCGGAGACUAGACUUUGCGGGUCACGAAGGUCCGGCGUUGGAGGAUUACAUCCUACUUAUCGCCUAUCUCCCAAAUCUAGAGCAGCUCACGACAGGAAGAAUCGCAGAACCACGUAUGGAGCGGGAGCAGUUGCUUGAUGCAUUGAACACUCUCAACGAGAGAAGGCUCCUCAAAGGGGCGGAGACCACGAAGGUUUCAUGGCCUUUCCUCCAUACGAUCCAACUAUCGCUCCGACCAGUGCACUCGAGCCUCCGUUUGCUCCAGGACAUCGGCCUUCCUCAUCUCCGGCGCAUAUCGAUGAAGACAAUCGACUUUUUCGAGCCACGGGUUGAGAAUUUUUUCUCAAUUGUUGGCCAUCAGCUCACUCAUAUUUACACCUACGACAUACGAUCAGACGGCCCACCUCAUGGAUACCGACGGCUCCUCGAAGCGUGUCCUAAUCUCUUACAUCUGACCUUUGCUGUCCGGCAGGAUGAUCGACACAGCGAACCUUGGGCUCAUCAAAAUCUUCAGAGCCUCGGACUUCGGAACUUACUUCCAAAGACCAUGCCUGAGAGGGAGUUUGCCCAAAACAUGGAGGAUGAGGGGACUACGCCUCUACAAUUCAUGAAAAUAUAUGGUGCCGAAUGGGCAAGGGAAUGCGACGUUACUGGGAUCCUUCUAGUAGAGUCAUAUGGAAGGCAGAUCCCUGGUGGCCUUCCUGCCGUGGAGUAUGAACCAAAUGUCGAGACCAAAUUGCAUCGCACGUCGAAGCGGGCCGGGGAGUUGCUUUCCAAAGUCAGGCGGCGGAUCCUCAGUCUCAUUGCUGUGCUCAUUGGUGUCUUGGGGCUCUCGAUAGACGAGGCUGCUGAAGCGUUUAUUCGCAUCUGCAAGGACGUGUACCCGACCACAGAGAAUAUAACGCCAGAAGUCCGCUCCCAAUAUCUAGAAACAGCUAUUUCAAAGCUUCUCAGAUCUCGAGGAAUAGCAGAAGAUGCGAAGUUGAACGGAGAUGUCCACCUUACCAGCUGCAAGGUGUCAUUGGGCUACAUGUCUGCCGCAGGCAUUGGUCGCUGGAGGUCAUUCCGUAACUACGAUUCCCGCCAAUUCUCCUAUAAUCCGACCAUCGUACAAGCCGUAAAAGUCGCUAUGGCCGUCCCCGGUGUCUUCGCUCCGGUCUUCAUUGGUAGCGAAUUGAUGCAAGAAAAGCUCGUGAGCGCAGUACCCGCGAUCAUCAACCCGACAUUAGAAGCUAUCAAAGAGGCGAGGGACAGCUACCUCAACCAAAAAAUUUCCCUCAUUCUGAGCUUAGGUUCGGGGAAAGGAGCAUUAGCCAGCGAUUCUUACUCUUUGAAUGCCGCAACGCAGCAAGCAGAGACGACAGCGGAUGAUCUCCAGAGGCGUUUCGGAAAUCUCUUGAUUUAUUUCCGCUUAUCCGUCGAUCGAGGGCUUGAACACGCCAUUCCUUCCAAUUCCCGAGGUUUUGGCCUAAUUAGGACUCACACCGUGUCUUAUUUAUCGUAUACCACGAAUGAAUCAACUCUUGAUUCAAGCCUCCGUGCCUCCCAAGUGGCAAGUAAUACCACUAUCAAACAUCUCGUUGGUCAGGCAGUGGAACAAUGUGGUUCUGCGAGCGCUGGUCUGCCUCCUUUAUCUCCUUUCUUCAUCGCAAGAGACGAGCCGAUCUCCCGCAUCGUCGCAGGUAUUUUUGGGGACAAGAAAGCGGGUUUGCGCACUGUCGUUUUGUCUGGUUUAGGAGGAUCUGGCAAAACUCAACUCGUGAUCCACUUUGCGCGAGAGAAUAUGAAUAGGUUCAGGCACAUAUUUUUCAUUGAUGGAUCAUCUCGCGAUAGCAUCAAGAACGGUCUGCUAAGCCAGCUUGGGUCGUGUGACCCUCAGUUCAAGGGCAGGGACAUCCCCGACAUUACAUCCGCUUUGUGUACUCCAAGCCCUUAUUUAACUACCGAAUGGCUCAUCAUUUUGGAUAACGUGGAUGCCCCGGAGAUCAAGGUGCUAGAAUUCAUCCCCCUUUGUGACCAUGGGGCUAUUAUCAUCACUACCAGACGUCAUCUCAUAGAUGGUCUCUCCCCUGGCGAUCAUAUUCACCUCGGAGUCAUGUCGCCUAAAGAGUCUGUUGACGCUCUGAUAGCCUCAGCGUUCAAUUCAGAUGAGGAACUACCAGAACGGCAUCGUGAAGUAGCCCUUGAGAUCGUUACACAACUGGGGAUGCUACCUGUUGCGAUCAUCCAAGCCGGGUGUUAUAUCAAUAAACAACAGUGUCUUCACGAAUAUCUCGACCGACUGAGAAACAAUCGCCAGCGUAUUCUUCAAUAUCAUACAGCACAACGAGAUCAGCUCAGAUACAAUCAUGGCGUAUACGCUGCCUUUGACACCACGAUGGAUGUGUUGCCUGCAAGGGCUCUCCGCUUUCUCGGCAUCCUAUCCUUCUUUCACUAUACAGAUAUUCCUCGUCGCUUGUUCAGCAUUGCCGCAUCAUCUGACUUCAAAUACGAACGACACAACUUACUGGAACGAGACCAAGAAAUGACAGAAAGCGCGGCAGUCUUGAGGAACAUCCUCUGUCCGAAUGACGAGUGGGAUGAAAGUGCCCUGGACGAGCUACUAGAUGUCAUGCAAAGUUACUCCAUAGUCAGCCUUGUCUCGCUCCCUUCGACGGUUGUGCUCCGCUUCCACCCACUAUUCCACUCGUGGGCCAACGACCGGCUUGUGACGGGGGAGCGUGGUAAGUUCAAAGCCGCGGCAAUCCGGCUGCUCGCGUGUGGUACCCACAACAACAAUUAUGACAUCUGGGAGCAGUUGGAGGCGCAUAUCAUAGGAUUUGUGGACUGCUUCGAGGAAAUACACGUCAACGACCGAGAGGCGUUCAUAGAUGUUUUGCGCAUAGAGGGCAGAGCCGCAUGGUCUCUGCGUCAGACCGAAGCUAUCUAUCAAAAGAUCAGGGUAACUCAUGGAGGAGACGAAAAUGUUCCGACCUCUCGGGCUCUCUUGCAAUUUGCCCGCGUCUGCGGGACUGCAGGUGACGCACAGCGAGAGGAAACGCUCACCCGCCAAGUCGUCACUAUUCGCAGACGAGUCUGUGGGUCAACAGACCUUGAGACAAUGCAUGCGACGUUUCAUCUCGCAUGUGUCCUCCAGAAGCAUGGCACUCCAAGCAGGUUGAAGGAGGCAAAACUACUUUUACUCGAGGCUUUGCGAGUGCGCCGCACUCACCUUGGACCUCAACACUACUUGAUUUGCGACACACUGAUAGUGCUAGGCCAGGCGCACAACUCCUUAUUGGAGUUCACGCUCGCCCAACCACUUCUGGAAGAGGCGGUGGAGAGCCUGACCGACUUACUUGGACGCCGACACAUCAAGACGACUACAGCGAUGAGAGCAUUGGCGUAUUGCUACCUGAGACAGGGUAAACCAAAGGCCGAUGCUCUCUACCAAGAAAUCGUCGAAUCAAGGCAAAGUGCAGUCGGUGAGCGUCACCUGACGACGCUCUACGCACUGAGUUCCGUCGCGGAAACGACAUUCCAUAAGGGGAGGUUUGUCGAGGCUGAAGCCGAAUGGCGCAAAGUAUACGACGGAGUACGAGAUCUCCUCGGUCCCCAGCACAGUGAUACAUUGUAUGCGCUGCAUUUUCUUGCGCUAUCCGUCUAUCAGCAACAACGCUUCGAAGAGGCCGAGGCGCUGUUGAGGGAGGAGGUCGAGGCCCGAGUGGCAACUAUGGGUUCCAAACAUGAGCUUACAAUCCUUGCCAAACGAUGUCUCAAGCACUGCAUCAAAGUCGCGCGAGGGCAGCACUCGGGAAGCGGCUCUAUCCUAAGCAAGCUCGGUAAACUCUUUUCGUUGUAG